AAUAAGAUAAUGUGUGUUUAUGCCUCUUCUCUUCUCUCAUUCAUAUAUACAUUCGUAUAGUUAUUCAUAGGCUUUGAACAACAUUUGGUAUCAGAGCUAGAGAGCUAUCCGAGGGCCUAAAUUGGGAGGAACAAAACAAAAAAAAAGGAGUGAAAACAAUGCAGACUGCGGGUGGUAACAAUGGGAAUUCAAUCUCCCAAUUACCUAUGUUCAAGGGUUCAAAUUACCACUUUUGGAGUUUGAAGAUGAAGACUCUCUUCAAGUCUCAAGAGCUAUGGAGCAUUGUUGAUGAAGGGUUUGAAGAUGGACAACCGGAGGAACCAGAUCAAGCCUUGAGAGAUAGAAGAAAGAAAGAUGCAAAGGCUCUCUAUUUCAUCCAACAAGCCUUGGAUGAUGAGGUCUUUCCCCGGAUUGCUGCAGCCUCAACAUCCAAGGAAGCUUGGAGUAUUCUUCAAAAGGAAUACAAGGGUGACAAGAAAGUCAUUGAGGUCAGGCUGUGAUAUGCACUAAUUAGUAGUGCACAAGUGUAUGUUUUUUACGUAUGAUUUGUGUGGUUUGUUUACCGUUUUAUUUAGUUUGUAAACAUUUGUGUGAUUUUAGUUGUAAUUGUAUUUUAAUCUUCAUUUGUAAGUUGUAAAGUAGAGUUAGGAAUUAGGGUGUUGAAAAGGAGGACUUUGAAGUGAAGAAAAAUAAGAUUUGGC